AUGAAGGAAGAAGAAGAAGAAAGAGGGCCACAUCCAUUGUUGAAGGGAGGUAGAAAGAAUGGGCAAUCCUCAAGCUACAGCCAUGGCUUCUCACCUUCACAGAUCCAAUCACUGACUGCCAUCUGUCGCACUCUCAUCCCUUCCCUCCAAACUGGCGCUGUUGAUGUUGAUAAUAAUAAUGAUGAGUUCUACCAGUCUUCGGGCCCUCAUGAGGUGGCAGAGUUUAUGAUGAAGAGGGGUGUAGCCGAAGCAGUGUUCAUUGUACGCAUAGUGUUGAGAUUAUUAUCAAGCAGAUUGGGGACACUUUUGCUAUGCGGGCGUAUUUGUUUGAACCGAAAAUGGCCAUUUGUGCACUGUUUUUCCGAGUUGCCUUUGAACAAACGAGAAACUAUCCUUCAAACCUGGUCGAAGGAGACAUUUCUGCUACCCUUGAGAAUAUCGUUCUUAAUGCUGAAAGCCCUCUGUCUCUUUGUCUUUUUCUCUCGGAUUGAUGAAAAUUCAACUAACCCGGCAUGGAAAGCCAUUGGAUAUCAAGUGGAAGCUGUGGAGAAACCCACGGCACCACAAAACGAAAGGCCGCUCGAAAAGGGAAUAAUCGAGACCACGAACCAAAACGGGUCAUCCCUAAAAGAAUCCCUAAUCCGAAAGGGCAUACAUAUCACGGAUGAUACGAAUGAGAAUAAUGCAUACAGAAUCAAAUGCGAUGUCGUGGUCGUGGGUUCGGGCAGUGGAGGCGGAGUUGCAGCAGCAAUCCUCGCAAAAUCGGGCCAGAAAGUGCUUGUCCUCGAAAAAGGCCAGUACUUUGUGGCCCGAGAUUAUUCGGGCCUAGAAGGCCCAUCCGUGUCCGAGCUGUACGAGUCGGGCGGGAUGCUCUCGACUCGAGACGGAAAAAUAAUGAUCUUGGCCGGAUCAACGGUCGGUGGUGGCUCGUCCGUAAACUGGUCUGCAUGCAUAAGAACACCGGAUCACAUCCUCCGAGAAUGGUCCCACAAAAACAAGAUUACAUUUUUCGACACAUGUGAAUAUCGAUCAGCCAUGGAUCGCGUGUGCGAAAGGAUUGGCGUCACGGAGAAUUGCACGGAAGAAGGGUUUAAUAACCGAGUGCUUCGAAGGGGUUGCGAGAAUCUCGGCGUAAAAGUCGAUCCCGUGCCGAGAAAUACUUCUGCCAACCACUAUUGCGGUUCGUGUUGUUAUGGCUGCCGAAGGGGUGAUAAAAAAGGGACCGAUUUAACUUGGCUCGUUGACGCCGUUGAGAACGGUGCCGUGAUCUUAUCCGGAUGUAAAGCCGAAAAAUUCAUCCUUAAUGACGAAAAGCCCCGGAAAAAGUGUGUUGGGGUUAUUGCGAGCACUGAAAUCGGGAAGAAUGUGAUGAAAAUCAAACUCAUUAUUGAAGCUAAGGCGACGAUUUCUGCAUGCGGCGCUCUUUCGACCCCUCCGUUAUUAAUCUCGAGCGGCUUAACGAACAAGAACAUCGGGGAGAAUUUGCACUUGCAUCCCGUCUCGUUCGUGUGGGGUUACUUUCCGGAAUCUUCCGCGGAGCUCGAAGGGAAAAGCUUCGAGGGUGGGAUCAUAACUUCUUUCCACAAGAAGCCCACGAGCGCAUGUUGA